AUGAUGGCGACGGAGCUCUUCGUCGUGGCCACACUUUUGUUGUCUCAAGGCAACGCAUUCCUACCCAAGCAUGUGGUGCCGCGAACCACACGCUUCGGCUCGACCAUGGAUCGGACUGAAACUGAGCAAGAAUCUGACUACAUGCCCGCGUCAUUGCUUCCUCCGAUGUACAACCGUCCUGCCAUUGCCUCCAAUCGCCUUUCCCCCAUGGAAAUUCAACGGGCCAUUGUCGAUGUCAAAAAGUUUGUGGAGAGUCGACUUGAAAGCGAUCUCAACCUCAUCAAGCAUACAACACCCAUUGCAUUCCUUCGUGGAACAGGUGUGAACGACGAGUUGGAUGGCACCGAAUCCAAGAGUGCUGUGCGCUUUUCGGUCCCAAACAAGAAUAUGCCAAGAGGCGUGAUUCCCACUGAGGAAAUGAUGAAGGCUCCCAGCCCCUACGAGAUGGACUGUGAAGUUGUGCAGAGUCUAGCCAAGUGGAAAAGAGUAAUGUUGGGACGUCUGGGAUGCCAGGUCGGAGAAGGGAUCUACUGCGACUCGACAUCCAUCCGCAAAGGCUACAAAGGAGAUGUGACACACAGUGCCGUUGCUGACCAAUGGGACUUUGAGAUCAGAAUUGACAAGCAACAGAGAACCGUUCAACAGUUGCAGAAAUAUGUUCGCACCCUCUGGAAAAUCAUUACGGACGCAGAAGACUACAUUUUGGCAAAGUACCCCUCCAUUCUCCUCCCCGAGCACCCCACGGCUGACUGGCGAUUGCCCAAGGAGAUCAAGUUUGUGACGGCUCAGCAGCUUCACGAUGAGUUUCCCAAUGAAUCCAUUCACGGACGUGAAAACAAGGCGGUUGAAAAAUAUGAGGCGAUCUUCAUCUGUGGCAUGGGAUGGCCAAUGGCGGAUGGAUCCCCCGCGGAAGAGCAGAGGAGCCCAUCUUAUGACGACUGGAAUCUCAAUGGAGACAUUAUGGUUGGCCACCCACUCACAGAGUACCGCCAUGAGCUCAGUAGCAUGGGCAUCCGCGUGGACAAGGAAUCUUUGUUCAAACAGUUGGAGCAUCGAGGAGCAUUGCAUGAAACCGAGCUCGACUUUCAAAAGGCGGUACUCCAGGAAGACCUCCCUUUCUCGUACGGAGGCGGCAUUGGUAUUUCACGCCUGUUGAUGCUCUUGUUGCGCAUGGGACACAUUGGCCAAGUGCAAGUUGGCUUGUGGCAUGAUGAACACUACAAGCAGGCAUUCGAUGCUGGCAUUGACCUUAUUCCUGACCGCAUCGUACACUAUGAUAGCGGUGUUGGUGGAAAAUUGGCUCCUUAG